AUGCUUCCAUCCAUCAUCUUCUUGAUAGCCGUUCUCCUCCCUGCACUGUCUGCUCUUCCAACUCAGGACGCCGGCGAUGUUGCCGACAACCCCAUGUAUUCCGAGCCACCAUCAUGCCCUGGAACUCUCCCAUCGAUGCCCGACUUUGAAUUUCCCCAUCUGAUCAUCCCCAUCUCGUCCAGUAACCCGGAUACUGCAUACUCAAACACCCUGACUCCUUUCGUCACCGCCGGAGAUAUAUCUGAGAUCUUCAACUUUGACAUUCCCGAAAGCCGCAACGGGCAGCGCUGUUUGAUUCAGUUCUUCUUCCCACACCUGGACCAGCUGAGCACAUCCUUUUUCCAGCUCCGUGGCUUUGGAACCUAUAGCUUCUCCGAGUCACCUCUUGGAGACGGCGCAAUCGAGGGCAACACCACGUUCAAUGCUCGACCGUUGGCGGCGUACGUUCACGGCUUCCCCAAGGCAGUCAGCAUGCAACCGGGAAAUGCGUACACGAUUGGGACCACUCUGUGCGUGCCGGGCAGGAUCAGCCUGACGAUGAGUAGCUCCGACAGCAAUCUGGCGUGGUUUCAAGACUUCAACCCGUGUCCUAUUGGGCUGUUCAUUACAUACUCGCCAUAA